AUGAAAAGUGUGGAACAGUUAUUUCCUCAAUUUGAGGUUGUCAAUAUCCUUAAAUAAAACUAAUAUAAGAAGUCAUUCAAAGUAAAAAGAAGUGGUUAUUAUUACAUGUUGAGAAUAUUUGCAUUGGAUGGCAUUCCAAAAGAAAGAGUGCAAAGUAUCAUUAAAAUACUCUCUAAGCUAUCUAACCAAAAAAACCCAUAUAUUGUUAAGUUCUACGAAGCAUCACUUGAUUAAGAUAUGACAUAUUUGGGAAUAGUGAGUGAUUAUUUAGAUAAAUAGUAUGAUUAUCCUAUGCAGGAACGAGCCAUUUGGAAGGUGAUUUAAGAUAUCUCUCAAGCAUUAUAAUUGUUUCAUCCCAAGAGAGUUCAUGGGAAAUUGCAAUUAUCAAAUCUGUUCUAAAGUUAAACAAAUUCUAUUUUAGGAGAGAUGAAUAUUCUUUUUUAUUUACACAAACAAAAUUAUACUGACUCAUAUUUAUUGGCUCCCGAAUUCAUCAGAACAUAAACCUAUGAUUAUAAGGCUGAUAUUUGGAUGAUGGGAUACAUGCUAUAUUAGAUGAUGUUCAAGGAUCCCUUAUUAGUAGCCAACAAUGUGGAUGCUUUAUAAAAGAAAGUUCUUAAAGGAAUCCACAUUACAUACAACCCUAACUAUAGUCUCAAUUUAAAUAAUUUGUUAAAGUUGAUGCUUUGUUACGAUCCUGAACUCAGACCCAAUAUAGAACAAAUCUCUAAUUAUUGCCAAUAAGCCUAAGGUUCUUAAGAAGAAAUCAAUUUGAAUAGAAUUCUACCAAAAUUUAAGACAGAUAAAUUGGUACUCUACAAGAAGAGGAUCGAAAAAAGAUACAAGCCGAUUUAGAAUAUUGUGUACUUGAGUCAAGACCAUUACAAAUAGCCUUAUUUCCCUCCUUCUAAAGUGAAGAAGUAGAACCAGCAAUCUAAAUCAAAAUAACUUACCUCCCCCUCAGAUUUACAAUAUGCGCAAUAAACAAUGUACUCGUUGUAAUUGCCAAAAGUCUUGAAUUAUCAAAUCAGCAGACUCAAUAUUAAAGACAAUCUUGAUAUGCUAUAAACCAAAACUCAUAUUUAGUCAAAAUCGAUUGAGAAUCUCAUUAAAAUUUAAAAAAGCAUUGGGCAAACGACACAAAGGAAGACUCAUAAUUAACUCGUACUUUACAAUAGAAUCAAUUGA